CGGAAGUAGUUUAACACAAAGCUGCACCGUAAGUGGAGGCAAAACAUCAAUGGGAGUCACUUGCGUGUGCCAGGUGCCUGUGGCGGAGGGGAAGAGUGUGCAGCAGACGGUGGACCUCCUGCACAAGAAGCUGGAGCAGCUGGGUGCUGUGAAGCAGGGCAGCUUCUGUGUGGACUGUGAGACGUACCAUGCCACAGGAAAUGUCAGCGGUCAGCCCUCCAAGCUCUUGUACGUGAUGCACAACUCUGAAACGCCGCUGAGCUGCCUGGCUCUGUUUGAAGGCGGACCCUGCCUGAUCGCCGAUGCAAACUUCGACGUCCUCAUGGUGAAACUGAAGAGUCACUUCCAGAAUGCGAAGGGACACAAGGUGGAGUGUCGCGGCUCGAGAUACCGCUACUGCGACUUCUUGAUAAAAGUCGGCACCGUGACGAUGAGCUCCAGCGCCAGAGGGAUCUCGGUUGAGGUGGAGUACUGCCCCUGUGUGGUUCCAGGGGACUGCUGGAACCUCAUGAAGGAGUUCAUGCAGUCCUUCCUCAGCAACAGCGUCCCUGAACUGCCAUCUGUGUUUGCUGCCAAGCCUGAGGGGCUUUUUGCACCAGCAGACUGCGUUGACACAAUGACUCAGUACUUAGAGCUGUUUAACAAGCUCCGCAAACUGCAAAUCCCUGGUAGUAACGUGCGCUGAGCUGGCAGUGGAGAGGUCGGUUUUUUUAUGUUUGUUUUCUGGUCCUGUGGAUCAGAGCGAUAUCCAGGUGUGUUUGAAAUCCUCGGGUUUAUUUUUCCAUUCGUGGGGCUUUAACUGUACAUUAUAGACGCCUCCUUGAUGAGUGUAUUUGGUAUUAAAGACACGUAGCUGAGAACAGA